AACGAAUCGUUCACGAACUGAUCUUUGUCUCUACUGCGUUGGUUUCGCAAUCCUCUCAAGUAAUGGCCGCCUGUUAGUACAGCAUUUCAAGCUACCUAGUCUCAUCGAAAAGGGUUGUCUUCUCUAGUGACCGAUAACUCACAUUACGCAAUAAACCAAGAUGCCAGUGGCAGUAGGACCGUAUGGCCAGCAACAGCCAGCCUGCGUUGACAGAAUUAAAAUGGGAUUCAUGAUGGGCUUCGCUGUUGGGAUGGCAGCUGGUGCUAUGUUUGGAACAUUUUCCUGUCUGAGGGUUGGCAUGAGAGGCAGAGAGCUGAUGGGAGGAGUUGGGAAGACGAUGAUGCAGAGUGGAGGCACAUUUGGUACAUUUAUGUCCAUUGGGAUGGGCAUCCGCUGCUGAGACCACCUACCAUACUUACUUAUAAUUACAUAGUGUGACUUUUGUCAUAACUCAUUCCCAUGUCACACUUUGUCCCAGAACUAUGGAGAAAUUAUGUCAAUAAAUGCUGUGAUUUCAAUUGCUGGUAGUAGGCCAAAUGUUUGGUGUGGCGCUUUUGAUAAAUGGGAUGACUAACCUUGUGGUGCUGCAACAUCGGUGCCAUCCAAAGGAUUGACGAUACCAGGGUAGUCUCUCCCAAAGGAUAGAUGUUUGAUAAAGUGAGUCAUGUUGAUCUGUAGGACAACACAAAUAAGUGCUCACAUGUAUAAAGAACAUUGCUUGGGCAAGACAAGAUUUGUCAAAUGUACUUACGUUGUCUAGUCCAAAACUCUGCAGAUCAUGAACUGAAAAUAAAUUGAGACAAGAUGUUAGUAAUGCUGUGAUCUGAUAACAUCAUCAGUUAUGUUCUGUUUAGAGUAUGAGGGCUUACUACUCAAUCUACGACUCUCCCAUUACAAGUUAUAAUUGUUGAGCCCUGAGAAAUGUGAUCUAGAUUACUGCUUGUACCACCUCCAAUAAAGAUCAAACCAACAAUCACACGUUGGUUAUUCUAACCACAA